UUCUGAAGUGGAGAAUGUCAGGAAUGUUGUUAGUGGCUUGUGGAAGAGAUCCUAAUGAUCAAAUGUUUCCUAUAGCUUGGGGGAUAGUGGAUUGUGAAAAUACUCCAAAUUGGAUGUGGUUUCUUGAGCAUUUAAUGUAUGACUUAGAUUUGGGGCCAGGAAAUGGGUUAACAUUAGGUAGUGACCAGCAAAAAGGAUUGAUUGCAGCAGUGAAGGAUGUUCUGCCGUUUGCUGAACAUAGAAUGUGUGCUAGACAUGUUCAUGCAAACUGGAAGAAAAAACAUUCUGGAGCAGAAUUUGAAGACUUAUUUUGGGCUGCUGCUGAUUGUUAUUAUCCUGCUCAGUUUGAUAGAAAGAUGGAAGAGCUGAAGAAUUAUUCACUUGAUGCUUAUAAUGACUUGAAGAUAUCUAUUUUCUGUCCAUGGUCCAGGGCUUUUUUCACUGAGUUCUCGAAGUGUAGUGCUGUGGAAAACAAUCUUGGAGAGUCAUUCAAUGCUGCAAUUCGGAUUGCAAGAACCAAACCAAUUGUUGAGAUGCUAGAAGAGAUAAGAAAAAGAGUUAUGGUCUCUAAUGAGAAGAAAAGAGCUGAAGCAGAGAAAGCAAAAGGAGAGUACACUCCCAGAUCUAGAGCUUUGCUAGACCAGCAAAUUGAUUUAGCAAAGAACUGUCGUCCUUUAAGUUGCGGUUUGGGAAACUAUGAGGUUGCCUAUUUCAACUACAAGACCAAUCUGCGUACGGAUGGCUUUAUUGUACAAAUGCGGGGUGUGGUCUCGUGUAGUUGUAGAAUGUAUUUGGUAAGUGGGAUACCUUGUAGCCACAUUAUUUCAUGUCUGAGGCAUGAGAAGAACAGUGAUCAAGAUCCUAAGACUUUGAUAUCUCCUUGGUUCACCACAGAGAAGCUGAAAAGAUGUUAUUUGAACUUGAUGAAACCUGUAAAUGGCAUGAACUUGUGGAGAAUAACUUCAGCUCCAAGGGUAAAACCUCCUCCGUUUAAGAAGCCUAGUGGAAGACCACCAGGAAAGAAGAGAAAGAAAGAGAAAGGUGAACCAAGAGAUGCAAAGAAAAUGACCAAAAGAGGAACCAAAAUUCAUUGUGGUUUAUGUGGAGUAGAAGGUCACAACAAACUCAAAUGCAAGACUGGACCGAAGCCUAAGCCACCACCUAAACCACCAGGUAGGCCACGAAAGAGACCAUUUGCCUCGAUUUCUGAAGCUGAACCAAGCCUUCCAAGCCUUCCAAGCCUGCCAAGCUUUCCAAGUCAAUCAAAUGAAGUUGAAGAUCUUCCAAGCCUUUCAUCUGCACUCCCUAAGAGAGGUCGUGGAAGACCUCGUAAAAGUCAGUUUGAUGGUGCAUCAUCCUCUCAACCACCUCCUGAAAGAACAGAGCCUAUGUAUGACACAGGGCCUAGAACUCUACUAAGAGAAGGUUACGGUGUCUUCACUAGUCCUGUAACUGGUGAUGACUAUAUCCAUGUUGGUAGGUCUGUCGUUGAUACACGAGAUAACACAGUCCUUCCAAGCACUCUUUAUGCAGCCAGGGAACGAAAGAAGCUUGCUGUUGGACGUGGUCGUGGCAAGAAGAAAUGAGAUGUGGCUUUUUCAUUUGAUGCUUCCCUUUUAUAUUUUCAAACUAGAUAAUGUUUAUCGGAUGUUGUUUGUUUUGUUGUGUUGUUAUGGGAUACCUUUUGUCGGUUUAACAUCAUGUUUGUGUUUUGGUGGAAACCUUAUCAUUAUGUGUUCUGUUUUGUUGGAUU